AUGCAGCAACCGCAACUGCAACAGCAUGAACCGUUUCCCUCCCUGCACGCGAGUGUGAAGUUGGCAACAGACUCCACCGCGUAUGAUGUCAAGUUCUAUCCCUUCGGCGCGGUCGACGACGACCAAAUAUUUGCCGUGGUCGCCGAACGAGAUGCUUUCGUCUGCCGUCCGAAGCUAGGAUCAGACCCACCCUUUGAAAUCCUGCGGACGUUCCGUGACAGCGAGCCCGAUGCCACGUCCAACAGUCUAGCAUGGGCAAAGGAUCCCGAAACCGACAAACCACUCCUCUGCCUGGCCGGCGGACUCCCUCGACACAUCAAAGUCCUCGACGUCGAAUCUGGCAACCCCGUGCGCACCCUCUCCGGGCAUGGUAAAGCCGUCAACGACCUUGCCAUCUCACCCCUUUCCACCAGCCUCCUCGCCUCUUGCGCCGAAGACACCACGAUCCGGCUAUGGUCUCUCCUCCCCCAACAUGAAGACCAACCCUGUGUGGCCCUCUUCGGCGGCGAAGGCCACAAAUCUCCAGUCCUCGCCAUCCACUUCCACCCGAAUGGCAACUGGCUCCUCUCCGGCGGCAUCGACACAGCAGUCUGCCUCUGGGCGGUCCCCAGCCUGGACGAGCUCAACGCCAAUGGCUCCUCCUCCACCACUCGCAAAGAACCCAUGAUCAUCUACUACCCGCACUUCUUCUCCAAAGAACUCCACUUCAACUACGUCGACUCCCUCGCCUUCUACGGCGACUUGAUCAUCUCCCGCGCCUCCAAAGACCAGGAAGCCAAAGGCAACAAGUCGAACAACAUUCUCAUCUGGAAAAUCUCAGGCUUCGACUCCGAUGACCCUCCACCUGAAUCCCCUCCCAUUCCCGUCCAUGGCCAGCAAACCCGCUCUUCCUUCCCUCACGAUCCGACAUAUCGAGGGACGGAGACCGAUGCUCGCGAUGGGUAA